UCGAAGGCGUCGCCUGACGCCGAUGUGGGCUCUCUGACAGCUGUGCUGGAGAAGUUCUUCGUGAAGCGCGGCACCCGUGAUCUCUGGCGGAUAUUGAGCCCCGUGCGCAAGCACAUCACUGAGAAGACGCAGCCCGAGGCUUCGAUAAUGGCGUCCUUCGCGGACUUGAACGAGCUGCUGGCCCAGGCGGCGCCGAACAUGGUCAUACACCAGGUCAAGUUGAGGACGGCUCUGUUCAAGGCCCACACGAAGCCAUUUCAGCUCGAGGUUGGCGAGCGUUUGGACGCAGAGGGGGAACCCGACAGGAUGAGCAGGUAUCUUGAUUAUUGCGCUCCUAUUGCGGAGGGGGAAAUUCGAAGAGUAAGCGAGCGGGCGCGCCCACUGCGACCUCUCAUCUGUGGUCCAGAGGAAGUGUUCCAGGAAUACCUAUUGCGUUCAUAUCGCGGCAACAGCGUGGUUUUUGGGCGAGGGCGCUUUGUGUCGGUAAGUUUUCGCGCAGUGGCAAUGAUGAUGUGCGUGCUUAUCCCCCCCGCAGUUGUUUAUUUUGCAUACCUGGUGCCAUGCACGAUGCCUUUUGCACCUUUCAACGGCGUCGCACUCAGACUGCAAAGUUUGUUUGCCCUCAUCGCCUUCUUCUCCUGGCUUCUUGCGGCCUUCAUGAAUCCAGGAAUCGCGCCUCGAACCGAGGAGUCUACCAGUAACAGGGCACGAGUUCUGUUGAUCAAGGGCGUUCCAGUGAGGCAGAACGUCUGCCGCACGUGUUUGCAGCUCCGACCGCCCCGCUCAAAGCAUUGUGGUGUAUGUGACAAUUGUGUACUCCGUUUUGACCACCACUGCUCAUGGCUGGGGAAUUGUGUAGGGCUCAAUAACUAUCGGCCCUACGUCUGCAUGCUCUACAGUGCAUCAAUCCAUCUCCUGCUCGACCUUGGCACCGUCUCUAUCAUGUUGUAUAAGAACAGUUCGUCAGUGUAUGAUUGGCCCUGCGAGGGCAGUGCUCCAUGGACCGUCAGCGAAAGGCUCUGGGUAUGUUUGGCGGUUGUGUAUCUCAUCGUCUCAACUGUUACAUUGAUGCCAAUGUUGGCUCUUGCGCGACACCACACAGUGCUCAUAAGCAGAAGCCUCACGACGAACGAGCAUCUAACUGCUCAAACCCCCAAUCCGUUCGACGAUGGCUGCCUUCGCAACUGGUGGCUCAUCUGGUGCCACCCGGAGCGCGUCCUUGCCCGGGGGGAGGACGUCUUCCAGACGGCGACGCCUGGGAACGAUGAGGAUAGUGAUCCCGAUGGGAGCAGUACUGGUGGAAGUCCUUCCAUCGUUCGAGCGAUCAGUCGUUUGCAGUCCUACCCUUUUUUGGCGACGCCGGCGGCGUGCACGACCCGCGCAGAGAGCUCGCUUGACCUCAGCUUCGGCAUGGCGCCCGAGGGCUCGCCGGGCAACGCGGCAGCAGUCGGCCGCCUGCAGUCCUACCCCUUCGUCGGCCGUCGGUCGUCGGCGGGGUAGCAGGUAUUCGCUGGGGUCGUCGCGCGCGACCUGCGCAGAGAGCUCGCUGGGACCUCUACUUCGGCGUGGAGCCCCCUGGUAGAUCCCAGGAGUUCGCAGAACAGCACGGCUCCAGUCGGUCGCCUGUCUAUCGCCUGCGGGGCAGCCACCCACGACGGGCACAGGCGGCCCGUUCCGCUUCCGCCUCGGUGUGUGGGGCCCGAGGGUUCGCAGCAGUAGUGGGAAAGCGGGCGCUGGAUGGCGCUGCCUGGCUGCAGCAACCCGGUGGCCUCACCACUUUUCCGCCACUCCUCGUCUCCUUUUCCUCCUCCCGCUCCUCCUCCUCCUCCUGAUUGUCCUCCCUCUCUUCGUGCAACGCGAGUCGACCGUGCAUUUUUCCAUCUUGACUCCUCCAUUCUUGUCCUAGCCGAGUGGUGACCGAACUCUGUUGGAUCGGACCCUGCUUUACUGUUCCUGAUCACAUGACCUCAGCAUGAGGAUGUGGAAGCCUUCCAAAAUUGCCCUAGCCGCCCCAAUAUAGUUCCUAGACAGCCGAGAACGCUGUCUUGGUCGAGCCCUCAUUAUUUUCUCGAGCGCAGUCGCGCGAACUUUUCCGGGGCAUGUACUGUGGACUUGUGUUGUUUUCGGCUCAUUCGCCAAUGGGGCGUCCCCCAGAGGGCCAGAUCUGCAAACCAGCCUCAAGAGCCGUAUCCUAGUCGCGGUUCAGCUCGGGUGCCCCUAGUGUGGGCCAGCCUUCUAAGUCUCGCCCGCUGCCCUGGUCCGCAGGUCCGCACGCGCUCUGCGCAUCCCGUCUCUGCCCGAGUGAUCACAUAUGUUCUUCUUAGCCUUCCUGCUUUUCUUUCUCCUCGUCCUCCUUGACCUCGCGCUGUGCGCAUAAUGCUCCAGCUGGCGCGGCUGGGGCAAGGCGCAUUGUACGCAGGGGCCUUUCAAUUAGACGCCAGCUGUCUCGAUCCCCGUGGCCCAGCUCGUGCGUGUAGAGCACGCCACAAUCAGGGCUGCUGCGGAGGCUUGAUGCCUCCUGCCCUUCCAGUGGGGCCACUCCGGAUUCGUUUUUAGACUUGUCCAGCCGUGUGCGUGUCCUAUCCUUCUGCCACGUGGUUCGCUGGCGACACGGCGGCACCCCACAGCGGGGGCCGGCCCGACGUCUGCCCACGGCAAAUGCAGCAGGCCGCCGCGAGGCGACCAGGAUUGGUUUCGAGGGCCCGAGCUUCGACGCAGCUCGGGUGCUGGGUUCCGCAGUGGCCGUAUGUUAUGCCGUGACGUGAUCGGCACGGCUUCCCCGAUCAGGCCCGUGAUCGCGUUUUCGAGAAGAUGCAGCAACAGGGGCAUGAUCAGUCGUAAUAGCAGUAGCAGUAUAUCGGCGGUUAGUUGUUAGCAUCUCUAGCAGUUGUACAACAGCCAGCACAGGAGGAAUCGAAGUAGCACCUUGUUCAGUAGCAGCAGCAUUGCUCCACUAGCCGCAUCACAACACGUGCAUGAGUUCUGGACGCGUGCUGCCUUCACUUCUUCGCAGGCCGUCCACGCUGGAACAAGUGGCCGGCCAGGCGCAUGCUUCUUUUCGGCAGAGUUCAUCUGGCAUUUGGGUGUCCGCGAGAGAGUAAACUUAUGCUCUCGCCCCAGUGCCGCGCAAGUAUUUUCUGAAGUUCCGCUCCCGCCCGUGCGUGGCCCGCGUAUCUGUCCCUUCACCAAGUCGUCGGAAGCGGGACCGCGCGCGAGCGUCUUCCAUCCGUCAGGUGGGAGCGCGUUCCCAGC